AGCACGACGGCGCGCGACGCUCAGCGGAAGGAGAGAGACCAAACUGCGCGAGAAGCUCAAUGAAGUCACAUACUACACGUGUUUUCAUCCGAUGUCGGCAACUGGAAACCGCUGUACCGCGUGCCUUAGAGGAGAACGAGAAGCUUCUGCCUUGCGGCACAUGAGGCCCAGGACCAGCAGCCAAGUCCGGGCGUUCGUAGACGAGAUUGGCAUUGCAAACCAGUUUCCUGCCUUGGACGAGGGGGGGUUAGGUGCGAGCACCCUCACACUGUGCAAGCGUUCUGGUUGCUUGCUGCAAUUGUACAAAAAGCACGAGCAAAGGAUGAGCAAGGAGCGGAGUAAAGACCGGAGAGCACGUAAGGCAGCGCAGACACCCCGCCAUGCCACGGGUAUGUGGACUGUACCUGAACCACAAACGCACCUGAAGCGACGGUGGCUUGAUAGGUACUGCACUUCACCUGAGGCGGUGGAAGCUUUACUGGGUGCUGUGUCUAUCACAGGAUGUAUUUUGGACGUGUGCGGCGGGCCCACGGACGCCGUGGCGACCCGUCUUGGACCCACGUGUGAGGUCCUCACGAACGACGUGAGCUCGGGGCGUCCCGCGGAUACCAACCUUGACGCCAGCUUGGAGUCCUUCCCGGACGACUUUUUCGCAGCUUCCUCGGGGAAGAGGCCUGACUGGGUGGUGACGAGCCCUUCGUACAAAAGUGCUCUUACUUUUGUCAAGGCCGCGAUGUCGUUGGCUACGAGAGGCGUGACGGUCCCUGCGCCGACCGGGGUGGUUGGCUUCAAACGAAUCCCCCAUCUGUGUGCGUCUUUCUGCGGAGAGCCAAAUACACACGUGUGAACAAAUUAAAGAUGGGCGAAUUAUGGGGUGUGUGGUAUACUCAGGACAUUAGCUGCGACACCACGACGAGGCUUGUCUUCUGUUCUGAUUAGCAUGGCUGCGAUUUCGAGCACAGGAUGGUCGGAUGUGCAAGUUUAGCGUGUGAAAUUGUUUGGUUCGAGCGGGGUAAUAAACAAGGCGAAACGUUCCUUCCGAGUUUCUUAAAUAAGGAACAAUGGUUGUCGGAGGAGAUGCCUCUAACACAACUGUGUGGGGGAUGGGGCAUAUUCGGAUAGUGUAAUGACUCGAGCACGAUCGAAGAUGCCAGCGCGUGCACGAAAAUUGGUUCUGAGGUGCUCCCUUUUCUAUUGUCGUGGUCUCGGCAUGAAGAAGGAUUUGCUUGGCACGCGUGUUCCUUGCGUAAGAACAAACAAAAACGCGGUGUAUGGGGUGGACGAUGAAAGAGUGGCUGAGUUCCUUGAAGUGAAGCAGUUGCCAGCACCUGUGACACCGCUCAUGGUGAAACUUUAACAUGUACCAAUGCAAGCUAACAACAAUAUUUUGCUAACCGAUACACGAAAAGCAAACCGACGCCUCAAGUUGACCGUUCAUUAGUCCCAGUUCGUGAAGGUACCGAGGUACGCGUAUCACCAGGCUGCAGAUUCAGCUGUUGUCCUACAUGGCAGUGCGAAGCGUAUCCCUCUAUUUGCUCGUACUCAUGAACGUCAUCCUCCCGGAAACUACAAGGACCUAAAACCACGACGCCGGUCCCCAACUUCGCUUCCCCGUUCGAACAACCAAACAUACCCGGCAAAGGUUCCUCAUCGCUGUCGCUGCUGUCACUAUCUGAAACCACCUGCCCUUCCUGUGCUAAAUAAUCUUCCCGCAUCUCAUUUUCUUCCGUCUCUUCCUCGCGGCAUGUGAGCUUGCACUUGCACAACUCUGAGCAUUGACCGAAACCUUUAGUGGUGCAAACGCACCUCGUGCAGUGACCGCCUCGCUUCCUCUUCCCAAAUGAACACAUGCACCUCACCGUUUCAAACCCACCCGACCAGAUGGUCACCUUAGGGACCCUGCGCAUCAACAUCAUACAACCGCCUUCAACCUCCGUAUUCUCGAUGUACCCCAUCCCGUCCCACUUGGGAAUUUGAAUGGGGUACCU